AUGCCAACUUUGAUGGAAGACGUUAGUUGGUGUUUUACUGCAUUAGAGGGUAUCUGAUAUUUGAAGUGAACGCUAAUUAGAAUUUCGCCAAAAAAAAUCAGUAGCUUCAGGGCUAGCUAGCCUAGCCUUAAUACGCUACUAGCAGGGUCCGGCUAGCCAACGUUAUGCUAAAGCAGAUAUGCAGGUAGUCGUGUAGGUAGCGUGCUAGCCAGUUGCUAAUGAUUUGGUUGGACAUUGUACCUGCUUUGGUGUUCUGGUGGAAGGAGACUUUAAUUAUUCGAUGGAUGGGAUGGGUAGAUGUUACUUUUAUACGUUUCUAUGCAAGGAAGUGGGGGAAAAUAUCGCGGUGAUAGGAGUAAUGUUUUUGUUCCUGUCAUGGCAGCUAACAGGUCAUGACGACUGAUGUUUGUGUUUAUCCGUGGCUGACAUAACUUAUACACCUAAGUUUGCUCUUACAGACGGCGGGAUAACUAUAUGAUACUACACGUGCAAAUGAUAAACAUACUAUGUUUCCUUUGCAUUUGAAAUACAGACUAUUCGCUCUCCAUUAAAAAGCAUCUGGGGAAUCAAACAAUGGGACAUAAGUGCUACUUGUUUGUACUUUCUGUGCUAGUUUAUGGUCGUUUUAGGUAAUCAUUGGCUCUUGAUACUCGUUAUUUUUCGCACAGUGACGACGAGCAUAAAGUUUUAGGUUCGUAUCCUCCUCCUUUAUUGUAUUACUAACUCCUAGUGCCACUCCUUGCUGUGUCCAGUCAAAGUCUUUAUUUGCAUGGAAAAUCAACACUGGAGAGAAGGGCAGCACAGUUAAUCCGAAUGUAUGCUUUGGUUGAGCGAAGGAUCAGCUGAUGUGCUUUUCUAGGAAGCCAUUUUACGUGCCAUAGUUAGGGGGGAAGGGCCAGAAAAUGCGUGAUAAGUCCAGAGUUCCUCUUAACACUUGUCACGGGUAGUUCAUGCACGCAUGUGGAGGGAUGGGCUUGACGCAUGGAGACAAGGAAAGUGCAACCAACUGACUUAUUAUGGUUGGCUGCACUUAGUCGGGAGGGGGGACGAGUUCAUGCCCUAAGGUCAUGAACUCGUUCACGGCAGGUAGCUGUGAACCGGCUCAGCAACUUUAGUCAGAUGGUGGAUGGAGCAAAAGCUGUACUUGAACUGUGGUUGCAGUUGUUGAUUUGUUGUUAUGUAGACAUAACAGGAGUGUUGAUAUUGCAGUCGGAUUCAAUUAUGUCAGAGAAAAAACUCUCUCUCUCUCUCUCUCUCUCCCCCCCUCCCCCUCAUACAGUGGAGUGAGCUGCAGUACUUGGCUGGUUUAGGACAACUGCUGUUUUAUAUUCAAUAAUUUUCUGAAAAUGCCAGGCAAUAGUGCAGUCUGAAACUCCAGCUUCCACUCUAGAAGAUAAACAAAUAGUAAAUAAAGUUGGGGUUUUUAUAGCAAAAAAUGGACCUUUGAGAGGUGAUUAUACACUAUGACUAGACUACAUUACAGACAGCUUUUAACAAAUAAUGAGUUUAUUUCAUUAGUAAAUUACACCUCAUGUCUCACCGACGUGGUGAUUUUCCUCUGGUACAAGGCUAAAACCUCUUCUGUGUGCGCUGUUAAGUAGUUUAACUACAGUGUAGCCCUUGGUUGGCGCUCUUACUGUAUUUUAAUACACAGAAGGUCACCCACUUGUUUGACUAUACAAUUGAAAUACUCUUAGUAGCAGCUUGAAACAUAAUGCCAUCACCAGGCUUGCUUGAAGAGCUGUGUUGAUGGCAGUAAGUUAGAAAGCUGAACUGAAGUGUUGGAGCUACUUCAAAGGUUGUAGACGGAAAAUUAAUCCAGAUAAAACAUGCUAUUUUAAACUGUUAAAAAUAGCUCAUAUAUGUGUCAUGCCUUUGUUUUUAAAUGAAAGUGUUGAGCAGAGAGAUAAGGUUGAUGCAUGUGACUGUACAUUGUCUGGAUGUGAUAGUCUUUGUUUUGGGUUUCCGGACACCGAAGCACCAAAGAAAACCUUAAGCAUACUUGACAUUCAACUGAGGCUAGAUGACUUCUAGAUACCAGCUUUGUUAGUUUAAAAGAAUCUUUAAAAAGGGGGGAAAGAGUUUCUGGAGCAGCGAUGUAAACACCUUGUUUGCAAUAAUGUGUAAAUGUGCUACUGGUGACGCGGCUUACUGUGAAAUCCUCUUCACUUCCUGUUUGGGUUUUGCUGUGAGGCUUCAGUUUAACAGUUUCCCCUGUGGCCAAGGCGAAGGGCACACAUUCAGUCGAGAUGUUAUGCGACUUGUUUGUCCGUUCCAGACAGAGCAGUGCAUGCAUGUUUUCUUUGGCUUUGGCACACCUAUUGUACAUUCCUGAUGUACUCCACUGUUGUUUUGCUGGUUGGAUAUUUGGGAAGUGAGCAAUGUCUAGUUGCAGACUGUUCAACUGCAGCCCAUUGUACACAAUUUCAAAUCUGAGCACCUACAUUUGAGGAAAAUUAAUCCAAAGCUUAGAAUUGCCUCUUUAGCCACAAUUUUAAAGAGAAAAGCUAUUCUUCUGUUGAUGAUAGAAAUGGUUUUAAGGUGUUGCACUUGUCUGGUUUGUGCAUUGUGCAGAUGUUACAGCUUUUUAGCAUUUACCUUUUCCUCUUUAACCUGACCCAAAGUACAAGUUAAUUGUGUGGUCAGCUAAGGUUUGUAAGUUUCAUAAUCAAAUCUUAUUUCCUGUACAAAGAGAAGCUUGUUGAGAGUAACUUGUUUGAAGGCUCUUUCUGAGUCUGCCAGCUUAAUUAGCCCGAAUCUAAUCAGACAUCAGCAGCUCUCUUUUUAUCCCUCAGUACUGUUGCUCACGCAGCAGAGAAAUAUGCUGUUCACUGUGUCCUGACCUCAUGCAUCUGUUCUUCAGCUUUUGUUCUCAGCGAUGCGAGUUAAACUCUCAUGUGGCUUUACAGUCCUGUGAAGGUGAAGCUCAUUAAGGCCAUUUCAUUUCACAGAUCUGGCAUAGAUUGGUGCUGUGAGAUACUGCUUUAUAAUACUAUUUUUAAAGUGGAACGAUAAUAGCCUCAGUCUUUUUCGGUGGCAGCAGUAAUAUGUCUCAAAUAGCAGUGAAAUUCAUUGCCACAGUAUGUUCUUCUUGUUUUGUUUUAAGCAGGAUAAGUGCUUUGAAGGAAAUAACAAAUGGAUUAGGAACAUAAACAGAAACAAAUCCCAGAGUCAGAGGUAUGAAUUUAUGCAAUACGCAGAUAAAAUGUGGAUUUUGUAGAUUUAUAUUGUUAAGCGUCUUAUGUGAACAUUUUGCAUAAAUAAUUGUCUACAUUUUAGGGCUCAGCUGCCAGUUAUUUUCAUUAUUGAUUAAUCUCAUGGAUUUAUGUUCUUUCUUUCUUUUAUAAAAUGUUGAAAAGUGCUUUGUAUAUAUUUACACCCAUUUCCGUGGUGAUGCUUCAAAUGUUCACAUCAACAAGUGUGAAACCCAAAAAAGUUGAAACCAGCACAUUUUUGAUUAGAAAUUACGAAAAUUUCCGCUCAGUGCCCUUAUCAAAAAUAUUUGCUGAUUCAUUUUUCGACAGCACUUCAGUUAAUUGGCUUAUCAUUGCAGGUUUUCACUCCUCCAUUUAACCACAACUGAGCCUUUAUUCUAGCUACAAGAGAGAGUUUAUUUGGAUGUUUGGAGGUUAGUGACAGACAUUUCAGCUUUAGAUGUAGUGCAGACUUUUCUCUGAGUAAUACAGCUGAGACUGAUGGAUGGGAAAUUAUUACACAGUAGAGAGAACUGCAGUCUUGUUUGACCUUUUAUUAACUUCAGGAAAUCUUUGCAUGUUGUUACAGUUUUAGUUUGCAAAGUGCCUGCUGUUUUAAAGGUUAAGAUUUAGUUUGACUGGAUAAUUGUAGUUUCUUUAAGGUAAAAAAUGACUAAGGAAUGGUUUAUUCUUCGGUAGAUUGUUUCAUCACACUAAAGGAAGGUCUGAUAGACUCAAGAUGGGUAGCUAAAACCUUAUGAAAUGCAUAUUCACGAAAUGGCUUCUUCUCUCUCUCUCUCUCUCUCUCCCUCUCUCUCUCUGCGGUAUAAUCCAUGUUGCUUAAAUAUUAUUCGUAUACUGCUGCUCAGUCUGCUGAGUUAAAAAUCAUACAAUAGAUCAGAAGCAGGUUAAAAAUGAAAAACCUCUUGACAGGCUUGUGUUGUGCCUUCUGAAGAGCUUGAAUGACGCAGAUCCUUUGGAAAUGUUGCCAAGAUAACUGAGGCUUGGGUGUCAUGUUCCACUAACAAUGUGGCCUAAAAAGUACACUGAACAUUAUGUUAUCUGUGUCAAACCUGCAAGUGAGAGCAUUUCUUUUGUUUCUGAGUUCACGUGACAAUGUUUACCUAGGUAAAAUCCAAAUGAGCUUUCGAGCCUGGUACUUUUUAGCUUUGUUUGUAAGAGUUACUCUAGAUUUUAGAGUGUAUAUUUUACCUACUACUUUACUUUGCCUACUAGAUACCUAAGUUAUUUAGAAGAGCUUUAGAAAAGCUUUAGAAAAUGACUACUUUAAGUGUUUUUUAUCUGUUUCACAGUGCCAUGAAGAGACUGAUUUACCGUUUUGCUCUUGGUAAACAGCUUUACUGAAUGUUAAACAUAAAAAGCUCCUAAAUUAAUAUGAGUUAAUUAGCUGUGUAAAUGCACAACAGUCUCAGCACUGAGCCUGUGAUUGGUAAAUGCUGCCAGUUCCCUCUUAUUCAGAUAAUGCACGCCUGCUGAGUGGAGGCUUUCCAGGCAGCGAGUCAGUUCAAAUGCUUCAAUCCUGCUUUAAUGAAAGGACAUAAGCAGUUGUUUAGAGAACAUGCCAAUCAAGACCCGGGACUUGUUUUGAUAUGCUAAUUGGAGCUAAUGUGCAGCCACAUAGAAAUAUUGAAUUCUUUUAAUUGAAGCGGGAAUUUAAGAUACUGCCCUCUUCAAAAAUUCCUCAUCUGCACUUUGAUAUAAAAGUCUCAAGGAAAAUCAAGCCCUUUUCUUUCCUCUUGAAAUGCUGAUACAGAAAUAUGGCUUGCAGGGUUUUCUUAAUGAAAAGUAUUGCAUGUUUUAGUGAUUGAAAGUCACUCCAGUUUUUCCCAACACUUCUUCUUAGUCUUCUUGCCCUAGCUGCAUGUGAUUUUUGCCUGUAGUCCUCACCAAACAGCUGGUAUAGAGGGCAGGUUUGCUGCAUUUGAAUGGACGCUCCCUCUGGAAUUCCUGCAGUCAGCAGGUUUGCUUCAAAAGCACUGGGGGUGGUAGUGGUGGUGGCACUGGCUGUCCAUCUGCACCUGCUACAGAAUACUUUCUGUAGAGCAAUCUAAGGUGCUGUAAAGUCCUGGAAACCAGUUAUGAUCGAUGACACUUGUAGUUUUGCUUAACCAAGACUCACUGAACAUGCAAUAUUUAUGUUUUAAUAUCCAAAAUGAAUUGAUGUGCAUACAGCUCAUAGCUUUUAAUACAAAAUUAGAGCCAUUUGUAAUGUGCAUAGUAAACCUUUUGUUAACAUUUUCUACUUCAUGAGCCUGGUCAUUGAUUAAAUCCUCUCAGGGUAGUACUUUGCUUCUAUUUAUAAAAGUAGAGGGCAUAUGUAAUUGCCGGAAGUGCUGAGAAAUGACAGACUAACACACUGUGCUUUCAGAUUCAGCAUGAAUGGGAAAUAAUUCCAGCCAGUACAGUAUCUCUAAGAGCGUAAGCCUGAUGAUACAGACAUGCAGCUGUUGGCAGGACUGUACAGCCUUGGUAUCCAUUGAUGACUAUUUAUAUCAGCUGUGUCUAUUAUAAAGUCCAUCAAAUGGAGUUUCCCAAAGUUUGGAGACCGGCCUUCGUUUUAAUACUUUAAAUAACGCCACAAGCAAACAGCACAGCGUGCAUCAUUGUGUGUGGGGAAGAAUUGGCACAGUCAGCAUAGAAUUCAUGUAAAACUGUCAUAAUUUAUGAGAUUAUUGAAGUUGAAUUUCUCUGCAAUUAAAUCAAAGCACCCUCAGAUAAUGAGGGCAAAACCUUGUAAAGAUGUCAUCAAAUUCAGAUAUAUUUUUGUUGAAAGCAAUAAAUGAAUGUUUAACACUUGUACCUAAAAGCCCGCCCUUUAAUGUUCUUGAUUAAUGAUAAACAUCUGCUGAAAGUCAAGAACAGAAGUGGCAUCAUUUUGUCAGCUUGUGUACCAGAUAAAAAUCCUCACAGCUUGCGGUGAUGCCACACUUGUCAGCAUGUUUCGUCAUCAUAUGAAAAAGCCUCAUGUUUGUUACACCCAGCAUACUGGAUGCCUAAGCGCUGUGACUUUAACAGGCUGCAUGGGUGCUUUGCCCUGUGCUCCAGGGCAUAGUGGGGGGUGGGGGGAGGUUGUUGAUGGAAAGAGCAGCUCUGAUUGGCUGGGUUGUGCUGAGGGCCGUGACAUCACUUGGAGGAGAGGCUUUGCGGUGUAAAAUAACAUCUCCUUUUAUGGGAGGAGGUGGACUGUGCCAUUCUCGGAGAGAGGUGAAAUUUAUUCCCUUUCUCGCUGUUUCUUCAGUGCCGUUUUCCUGUAGAUGCUCUAAUUGGCCAGCAUGGCGGUUGUGGAAAUCAUUUCCUUAAGGCCAAGCUCAUUAAUUUCCUUCGCAAUAAUCCCCUUUUUAAUUUUUCACUCCUCCUUAAUUUUGUGUGUAAGAAUAGGGUGUAAAAAGGUUCAGUAAGACUAGGUGAUCUUUUAAGAUUCCUUAAAGGUUUUAUUAGUCACCCCCCUUUUUUUUUUUUAAAAAAAGCAAACAAAACAAAACUGUGUUUCUAUUACAGUGUUUCAGCAGGCUUUUCAAAUUGAUGGCUUGUGCUCCUUGCUUUGUUAUCUUAGAUUAAAUUAUUCCUCUGCUACUUUCUGAGGGGUUUAAAGAUUAAAAUCAGCCUAAAGUGCUCUCAGUCAAACAUCAGGCACUCUUCUAUAAAAAUAGACAUGAGAAAUUAGGUCUCUUAUCCCUAAUUUAUCUAUUGCAUUCACUCCAAACAUUUAAAUAGCACAUAUACCCUCGCAUUUAUUCAAUAUUAACCUCUUUCUUUCACCUCACUUUUCUCAUUUUUCAUGCAUGCUUUAUCUUCAAAACAGAAACAAAAGCUGCUGCUGCUUUCUGUAGCCUUCACCUCGCAUGUGACCAACCCCCGCUGUUUGCCAACAUGGUAUUUCCCGAGAACAAGCAGUCGCCUCCCCUCCCUAAGUCAGAAUUGUCUCCACUCCAAGGAAAUACACAGUACCUUCCAGUCGAGUAAAGAAACUUUAGUCACAUUCUUUCAGCUGGACGCCCACAGAUACAUCUAGAUUUGAAAAAGAGGGGUCAGGUUUUCUUGACUGGAGGUGGCUUGUGUGGAAAUUCAGGCUGACAAGUCAUGACGAGAAUACUUCUGAAUUCCUGGGAGAUCCUGUGAAACCUCCUCCCCUCCUUUUUCCAAUGUUUCAGUGGUUGGGGCCAUGGCCUCUCAGUCAGGCAACAUGAACCGUGAGGACCGGAAUGUGCUCCGAAUGAAAGAACGAGAAAGGCGAAAUCAAGAAAUCCAGCAGGGAGGAGGAGAGGCCUUCCCAGCAAAUUCCCCUCUUUUCCCCGAACCCUACAAAGUGGUGAGCAAGGAAGAUAAACUGUCCAGCCGUAUUCAGAGCAUGCUGGGCAACUACGACGAAAUGAAAGAGCCAAUUGGUGACACCAUUCCAAAACUUAAUAGUAAACCAUCCAACAGCUCGUCUUCCUCUGAGGAGAAGUCGGGUCCACCUUUGUUUGGUGGGGACCAGCGGUGUGGCGGCAGCAGCCAGAGCAGUAAGUGGACCCCUGUUGGCCCCGCAGCGGGCGGAUCUUCAUCCCAGUCCCAGAAACGCUCAGGACUCCAGGGCGGGCACAGCAGCCAGAGGAGCAACGGAGGCGGCAGCAGCAACAGUAGCCAGAGAGGGGAGGUGCGGGAAAAAAAGUCAAGUAAACACAGCGGAGGUUCCGAUCACUCGAAGUCACACAUGUCAAGUCCGGCAAAGGGCUCUCUAAGUUCCUCCAGUAGUCACUCGCGGAGCUCUUUGUCUGCUGAGCAGCAUCACAACAAGGACCGCUACCGCUCAAAGUCACCGCGAGACAGAGAGGCCAACUGGGACUCACCUUCACGGGUUCACACGUCCUUCCCCAGUGGACAGCACUCAAGUCAGGCCUUUCCCCCAUCUCUCAUGUCCAAGCCCAGCACAAUGCUGCAAAAACCAACAGCCUAUGUGCGGCCUAUGGAUGGCCAGGAAACAGCAGAACCUAAGAGUUCGCAAGCGGAAAGCUACACUGGACAGUCGCAUAGCAGCACUGUGGGAGAGAUGAAGUCCAAGCUUGCCAAACUUAAGAUCCCUUCCCAACCUGUAGAGGGAUCCGGUGAUGCCAACUGUGUCGACGAAAUUCUGAAGGAAAUGACUCAGUCAUGGCCCCCUCCUUUGACGGCCAUCCACACUCCCUGUAAAACAGAGCCCUCCAAGUUUCCAUUCCCCACCAAGGAUACUCACCCUUUUCCAAGUGGGCACAAGCGAGGCAGUUCAUCAAAGAGCUCGAGUAGCCACCAAGCCAAAACUUGCGAUGACCAGCCCACUAGGUUGGAGGAAGACCUAAGGCUAAGCAGCAGUGAGGACAGUGAUGGAGAACAGGACUCUGCCAAGAAUGCCUCAAGGAACACAUCAGCAAGCAAUAACAGCGAAGCAGCUGAGCAAUCAAGGGACGACUCCAGCAGCCAUAGUGGCUCAGAGAGCAGCUCGGGCUCUGACAGCGAGAGCGAAAGCAGCACGACAGACAGCGAAGCCAACGAGCAACCACGGCCUGCCUCCCCUGAACCUGAAAAACCCAUGGCAAACAAGUGGCAGUUGGACAACUGGUUCAAGAAAGCCAAGCAGUCCUCACCUUCAUCCCCAUUGGACAACAAUAACGUCCCACCCAAAUUCAAGAAAGAUGGCCGAGAUAACAGCUCAGGGCGCAGCUAUAGUAGCCAAGGAGGGGGGUCAAAAGAUUCAGCAGCACCCACCCCAAGCAGGGACCUGCGGGCAGCCCAGAAAGGUGCAGAAGGUGGCCGUGGCCGGCAAAAGUCACCCGCACAGAGCGAGGGUGGCACAAAUCCACGUAUUCGAGUGGGUAAAAAGCAGCCUAAAAAAUCUGAGAAGCCUCCUGUGGUAGAGGAACCAAAGGGAGGUCUGAGAGUAGAGAGUGAGCCGGCUCCAGAGAUACCUCCUCAUCAGCCCAAAGCUGCUACGAAGGGUUCACGCAAACCAAGCAAUAAAAAAGAACCCAAAUCCUCGCCGAGGCCCACUACUACUCCCUCCAGCACUGCAGCCCAGCGCAAGCCCAAGGCAGCAACCAAGACUUCUCAGAAAUCUCGUGAAUUUGUUGACACAGACUUUUCAUCAUCAGACUCCGAAGGAAAUGACAGCAUCCCGUCCUCAUCCCAGACACCCAAGUACACAGAGAGCAUCAGGACACCCGUGUGCGUUUUUUCACCUGGGGAAGAGAGAGGGCUGCUGUCUCCUCUCAGUGACCCCGAGGACCGCUACCCUGCAAGACAGCCUCAGCAGCAAGUUUUAUUAGUCAAGAUAGAUCUCAGCUUGCUGUCCAGAAUCCCAGGGCGGCCCUACAAGGAACCUGCAGAGAUAAAAGUGGAGAGGGAAGACUCUCUCGACAGGGACAGCAAAGACUUCAGCAAACAGAGCUCUGAGAAAAGCUCGAGCAAGGCCAAGAGGAAACACAAGACUAAUGAGGAAGGCACAAAGCCAGAGACCAAGCGGAUCAAGCUAGAGGAUAAAUCUACAUCCCAUCAUAAAAGCAGCAGUAAAGAUUCUAAAAGGUCUUCGGAAAAGAAAGAGGAGCCAGUCCCCUCUCCUUCCAUGCGGACAAUUAAGGCAGAGCAUCCCAGUCGAAAGCGGACAGUCAGCCAGUCCUCCACGUCAUUGUCCAGCGGGACAGGAAGUGGAAAAGAAGGGAGCCACAGCACCAAGGGCAGCUCCACCUCCAAACAUAGAAAAGGAGAGGAAAAAGGGCGCAGCACACGUGACGGCAAGGAGAAAUCCUCAAAGGGUUGCGAUAACCAGCUGGCUGUGCCCCCGCUCUCCACAGACGGCUCCAAGUCUCAGAGAUCCAAGCUGGUGUUUGAGGACAGGGUCCAUUCAGCAGAUCACUACUUACAGGAGGCCAAGAAACUUAAACACAAUGCAGAUGCACUGUUUGACCGUUUUGACAAGGCGGUUUUCUAUCUGGAUGCUGUGGUGUCUUUCAUUGAAUGUGGUAACGCGCUGGAGAAGAGCGCUCAAGAGGCAAAGUCUCCUUUCCCCAUGUAUGCUGAAACCGUGGAGCUUAUCAAAUACACUAUGAAGUUAAAAAGCUACAUGGCCCCAGAUGCUACUCCAGCAGACAAGAGGCUAGCUGUGCUGUGCCUGCGAUGCCAGUCUCUUCUCUACCUGCGGUUGUUCAAGUUGAGAAAAGACAGCGCCCUAAAAUACUCUAAAACACUCACCGAACACCUAAAGAACUCUUUGAGCAACACCCAAGCUCCCUCUCCUGGAAUGGGAAAUAAGACGGCAGGUAUGCCCUCUCCAGUAUCUCCCAAACUCUCACCGGGCACAGCGGGUGGCUACUCAGCAGUCAGCAGUACCAGCAGCACUAGCUCGUCUGUGACCAUACCUCAGCGGAUCCACCAGAUGGCUGCCAGUUAUGUCCAGGUCACCUCCAACUUCCUGUACGCCACCGAGGUCUGGGACCAGGCUGAGCAACUAUCUAAAGAGCAAAAAGACUUCUUCACAGAGUUGGACAAAGUUAUGGGACCUCUGAUUUUCAACACCAGCAGCAUGACAGAACUGGUGCGUUACACUCGGCAGGGCCUCCACUGGCUGCGCUUGGACGCAAAAGUUAGUCCCUAGCGAGGACUCACUCCCUGCAAGCUGCUUUUCCACACACCCACACCUCAGCCUCUUGUGUUUGGCAACAUCUGCUCAGAGACAGACACACAAACGCACGCACGCAUGCCCUCAAAAAAGACAGACACACAAACACAACCCUCCUCUGGUCCUCCAUUUACACACACGUGUGAUGAACUUCUCAGACAUAUCUCCAACACUGUGUCCAUUUCCUACACCAGCUUGCCAAAAAAAACAAAAAACAAAAAAAACAAGACAAAAAUACCAACACUGAGCAAUUUAGAGCAUCUCUCACCUUCGACGGCACCACACAGGGAGAAGCAUCCAAACUGCAGCAGGAGUCAGAAGAGCUUAUCGCCUGGCUUCACACAUAUAUCGGCAUUCUUAAGAAAUCUUCGAAGGCCAUGUUUUUAAUCUCUUCAGCAUGGAAGCACUGGGUGAAUUAUUUAUUAUGAAUACACUAAAACUCUGCUUUGGUUUUUAGGCUACUUUGGCUUUGAACUUUUUAUUUGUCUUUGUUUCACCAAAGUACCUCCCAUGAACACCAAAGGUGCUUUAAAAAUGAAGGUUUCUCUUUAUCAUUUCUGUGCCUUGUAUGUCAGCUACAGGAAAAGUCACCGGUCAUAUCUGAUUCAAUUAUUUUUCUUUUCUUUUCACAGUUUUUACUUUUUUGUCUUUUUAACACUUAACAGUUGUUUCAGCAGUUAUUCUUGCAGCAUUUACUGGGUUUGUGUUUUGUUUUUGUUUUGUUUUUUAUGUAUUUGCAAAGAUGGUGUUGGUCACCACAAAUUAAACCUUGAAGAAUCCCACUGAAGAUUUAAGGACUGAAGGAAGGGCUACUGUGCACAGCAGAUUUCGUGGGGCACACACAUAUUUAUUAAUGAUCCCUUAGGACAUCUGUUGAUCGGUGUACUUGGCUCAAAAAGUGCCAUUUCAUUUUUCAGAAUCAUGAAAUGUGAUUGCCCUUUCUAAUAAAUUAAACGCUUCACAUGGCCUCCAGGGGUCGCUAGCGGGAGACCUCAGCAAGAUUGAUGAUGGCAAAUGUUGAGAUUUUCCGCCUCUUUGAAGCUUCACAAUUCUUUCCCACUCGUAGCGGCAUUGUUCAUUCAAAAAUUUCCUAGAGGACGAGCUGUUUCCAAAUCAGUGUUAUUCUAUUUUUCUAGGGAACAGCAGGGAGUGUGUAAGUAUUGAAGAUCAUGUCCACAUCCAAUGCAGUCACAGUACAUUUUAUAAAAACUGGGCCUAAGUUGCCGCUAAUUUGGCUUAACAGAAGCUAAUUUAUUUGAAGGGAAAUAUGUUGUCUGGGGAAUGGAACUCAUCAGCGAUGCAGAUGAUCAGUGUUGUAUUUAUACAGCAGAGUUUUAAAUCUAUCAUUAUAUAUUUCAAGAAAAAGUAUAAAAACCAAUAUAGAUUUUAUUUAUAUACCAACCAGUUUCUUUUACUUCCUUCUAGCCAAGCAUAAGUAUAACAUGUCAGACGCAUAAAGCAGGGUUACAACAGAGGUUAUAAGAACAAGUAUUUGUAUAUGUUCCUAUUUAAAGUUGUCAAACUGUAAUCGCACUUGUAUUACAAGAUAGUAGCUGGCGCAGUAUGUUAACAUUGCGUUGAUUUUUAAGUUGGCAUUUGGAUUUUACAGUAAUUCACUUACAUGAACUGUCCAUUUUGGUUGUUUCAAGCCCACUUUCUAUCAAAAUAUGCUGGAAAUACUAAAGCCUGGACCAGAUGGCAUUCAUUUUGUUUUGGCUGGACAAGAACGUGCCAGAAAGAUCUAUAAUGCCUUUUUUAAUUUAUUUUUCCCCCUGCAUGUCAAGACUAAACAAAAUGCUGUUUGGCCCAGGUUUGACCCUUCCUUUUUUUCCUGUUUUUUCUUGUCAUUUUUUUUUUCUUUUACUGGCUCCCUGGCCUUUGUUGUAGGAAGGGAUACUGUUAUUUUCUCUUACACUUGAAAAAAAAAAAAAAAAAAGAAGCAAGUCAUAGGAGGUAUUAUUUUAAUCUAUGCAGGAUUUUUACAAAAAAAGAAACCGUUUCUGUGGAAAAAAUAAUUAUAUUUUUAUGUUUGGGAUUCCUCUGUCCCCCACUUUCUUUUUCCCACCUCAGUGAGAAACCUGUUGAACUCAAAUCCAAUGCCUUUAGCUAUUGCAAUUUUGUGUACUGGUUUAGUAUGCGAGCUUGGCUGUAUGUGUGUGCGUUCAUGUGUGGGUGCAUGGAUGUGUGUGUGUGUGUGUAUAGAUCUGAUUUUAUAACCAAACACAGAUGGCUUUAGCCAUUUUCUACUUAAAGCUGGAGGCCACUUUUCUCAUAGGAAUUCCUCUGUGGGUUUUGCCAGCCCAGUCAAUGUCUUCAUACACUGGUACACUUUGUAAGUAGAGGUCAGCGCCUUGUGUUCCCUACACUAUCUUGUACUCAAAUGUAAAAAAGAAAUGAAUUAAAAAAAAAAAUAUCCUAAAACGAAAAAAAUAAAAAUUUAGCAUUAGAGAAAAUUUUUAACGAUUUGCUACUCAUACUUAUUUAUUUUUCUGCCCCUUUUGCUUAAUGUUUCUUUCCUAUUUUGCCUUUUUAAUGAGCACCGUUUUAUGAAAUGGGAAGGUGUAAAUGUAACGGGGUUGUUCAGGAUGAGAUUUCAUUGUAAUUAGUAAUUAAUAUUAAUUCUAACUUGAAAGAAUCCAGGGUAAGAUGAGUUUGUUUUUUGUUUUUUUUAUUCAGUAGGAAAAUGUUAACACUUGCAUGUUUCUAUUUAAAUACAAAUGUAUAAAUUGUAAAUAUAACAUUUCUUUAAGGGUGAAUUUCUACUACAGGUUGACAUUUUUAUUAAAUUUAAAAAUGCUGUAAAUAUACUUGUGAGAUAUACUUUAUGCACAUUUUUUUUUCUUUUUUUUCUUUUUUUUCUUCCAAGUGGUUACAGAUUACACUCCUAGUCUGUUAACUCUGUAUAUCAAAUGCUUUCUCAGUCCUUUUUCUAACUGUGCUGGUAUUCUUUGUCUUCUGCUUCACUGUCUCAGUAUCACAGUCGCCGCAUAAUCAUUAACGUCUCUCAAUCCAAGUGCGAAUAUUUUGUCUUCUCUGUAUUUGAUAUGGAGCUGUGUACUUUUUCAUGAAGUGUAUAUUGUUGAUCUCAUGGGAUGGAUGGAUGGCAUGUGUACAGUCUGUUCUGUAAAACCAUGUCUGUUUCUUCCUCAGAGAGGUAUAUUUACUAUGUGUCCCUUUUGAACAAUUGGUCCAACAUGUCUUUUGAAACAGAGGUAUUUCUCUACACAUCAAAACCAGUUGUAGCAGUUUAUACAGUAAGUUGUAUAACACCUUUUUUUUCUAGAAGUUGUCUCAGAGCCGAGACCAGCAGCAUACACUAUGUACAAUAAUCUAAAUUGGAUUAGUUUUAAGAGAACUGAUGAUAGAUGCUAUAUAUGAUGGAUGCAAUAUGAUUAAAGGUACUCAUUGAAGUUUGAUCUUCAAACUUAGGUAAUGUAAUUUAAAAGCAUUCUUGUGAAGUGAGUAUUAAUUGUGACUAAUAAAAGUCUGUCCUGAAUAUUCUUUGUAUUUUGCCGUAUUGAGAAUAAAAUAUAUAUGGAUAUGUUUAA